GGAAGCUGCGCGGCCCGGGAGUGUGUGUGUGUGGGCGGCACCAUUCAGCGUCUGCUCUCCUCGCUCCUCACUAUGAGCGGCGCCAACCGGGCCCGGCCCGAGGCCUUCGGUGACCCGGCCAGGGGGCGGAGCUGCCAAGGGCCCCCCCGGAGGAGCCGCGGGAGGGGCCGCCUCUGUGCCUGCCGGCUUCAGCGCCAUCAAGCUGGGCAGAGACAAUGGAAAAGUAACCACAGUAGUGGCCACGCCAGGCCAGGGUCCAGACCGUCCGCAGGAAGUGUCCUAUACAGACAUCAAAGUCAUCGGCAAUGGUUCAUUUGGCGUGGUUUAUCAAGCAAGACUUGUGGAUUGUGGAGAGAUGGUGGCGAUUAAGAAAGUCUUGCAAGACAAGAGAUUUAAGAAUCGUGAACUGCAGAUCAUGCGUAGAUUGGAUCACUGUAACAUUGUGCGUCUGAGAUAUUUCUUCUACUCCAGCGGAGAGAAGAAGGAUGAAGUUUAUCUGAACUUAGUCCUGGACUUUGUCCCAGAAACAGUCUAUCGUGUUGCUCGGCACUUUGCAAAAGCCAAAUCCACGCUGCCGUCCCUAUAUGUGAAGGUCUACAUGUACCAGCUAUUCCGUAGUCUGGCCUAUAUCCAUUCUCAAGGUGUCUGCCAUAGAGAUAUCAAACCACAGAACUUACUGGUUGAUCCGGAUACAGCAGUGCUGAAACUCUGUGACUUUGGCAGUGCAAAACAGUUAGUGAGGGGGGAGCCGAAUGUGUCGUAUAUCUGCUCCCGCUACUAUAGAGCACCGGAACUUAUAUUUGGAGCCACAGACUACACUGCAAACAUUGACAUAUGGUCAGCAGGUUGUGUUCUGGCAGAGCUGCUCUUGGGUCAGCCCAUUUUCCCUGGAGACAGUGGUGUGGACCAGUUGGUAGAGAUCAUAAAGGUUUUAGGAACUCCCACCAGGGAACAAAUACGCGAGAUGAAUCCAAAUUACACAGAAUUCAAAUUUCCACAAAUAAAAGCACAUCCCUGGACAAAGGUCUUUAAGCCCCGUACCUCUCCUGAAGCCAUCACGUUGUGCAGCCGGCUUUUGGAGUACACCCCAGACACCCGCCUCUCCCCACUACAGGCCUGUGCACACUCCUUCUUUGAUGAGCUUCGCGACCCCAACACACGCCUACCCAGCGGCAGGGAAUUGCCUCCCAUGUUCAAUUUCAGUUCUGUAGAACUAUCAAUUCAGCCCACACUGAACUCCAUCCUCAUACCCCCUCAUGCACAAUCACAGUUACAUCACGGUAAGUGGCUCUGUGGUAACGGUUGA